GGCUGAAUGAAGCCUGCUGAGAUACGGAGUAGUUAACUUCUAGAGGUAGUUAGCUAUAAACUACCUACAACUACACAAUAACUACGGAUUAAUAUAUGAUUAUUAUACUAACAAAUGCGCUUGGCAUGGUUACUAAGUACUUGUGCCUUGAUCAGCUAUGCUAUGUGACCCUUUGGCUACCAAGGCCGCUCUCAACAUUCCACAUUCAUUAGGAUUGCCUGGAAGGUCUCAACGCCACGGCCGAAGUGAGGCUACAUAAGUCUGAUUGGGACGGUGAGAGCGGCCUAUCAUCGUAGGCCUGUAAAGCAGCUGAAUACUGCAGAGUGCAGAAGCCUGACCAGUUACAAGCAAUGGCAAUGCACCUGCUUUCCCAUGUUUGCUCGCCGGCUUGGGAGCCACUGCUCCAGGAUCUUCCGCUGCGGGGUAGAGGCAUUUAUGUCUAGACUAACUAUGCAGUGCCUGUAUGUGUAUGUAUUGGAGCAUCUCAGGCUUUUCGAUAGAAAACACAUGGUGUGGCAGCUUUCGCUCUUUCAGAUAUACAAAGUGCAAUACUACCGAUCAUUUCAAAGCCUAUCAGAGUAUCAACAAACCCCAACACCGUCCCGUAAACACGGGACCAUUCCUAUUGUAACCACCUCUCCGCCAUCACAAGGCGAAGCAUUAAGGGUCUACCUAUCCUCAGGUUGCAAAAUUUUUACGAGGGGAUCCGAAAAUUUGAAGUCAUGGAAGAUAGAGGGGUGGUUCUGGAUAAGGAUAAAAUGAGUCAAGGGCUCGAAGCGUUGGAUAAGGCAUUAGGGGAAGAUGAAAUGAUAUACGCAUUUUCUCCCAUCACGAUGGUCUCCGCGGGCGGCUAUCUCGCGGUUUCAUAUUUUCAAAAUCGCUCGACAACGGAAGACAUCGAUGUGAUUAUUGAUCCGGAACACGCUUCUGAUAAGGAGUUGCUUUGCAAGAUGCGAACUGCCAUGGUGACAGUGGGGAGAGACUUGGGCUUCGGGAAAAAAUGGAUAAAUGACUCAGUUGCUCUAUUCGUCUCAAAAUCUGCUCGCAACUCCAUCUUUGAGGAUGCAGAAAAGCAAAACAUUGUUCUCUGGUCUGGUGAGAAUUUACGCAUACUGGCGGCACCACUGGAGUGGGGCUUGGAGACAAAGCUCCGGCGACUCUCUACCAAGCCCCACCAUCUGAAAUCCGUCACCGAUACCGAUGAUGUCUUGGUCAUUUUGAACUCCCUGAUAGAUCGAAAUAAGGGGCUGCUAGAAAGAGAUGCUGUUCGAAGGCUAAACAGAAAUGGAUUUGAUGUCGCCAUUUCGUAUCAUGUUUUGGAUCAGAUCGCAGAGGCAUAUCAGCAACGAUAUGGAAAUAGCCCGUUUUGCUAAAAACGCCGAUGACUGCUUCAACUACUCCAAUUUCACCGCUUCGGUGGUGGAAUGCUCGGAAUGUGUUUUAUGCAUUAUGUUUCGUAUCAGUUGGUGAGAGAACGAGACGGAAAAUAUGUCUAUAUCUCAUUUAUCUUGGGAUGCGUGACGUUGGCUCUCAGUACUUGAUCCCUUUUCUUUCAAAGCGCUCAUUAUGAGAUACUCGAUGUAAGCUGCUGCAUUGGCGGAGUAUGCGAGCAGUGGGCACCAUUCACAGGAACCAAUACUAGCAGAUUGGAAUAUUAUCUACCUGUUGCCUGGCACUUUCAGAUUAGUUAAUUUCUCCCAGUUGAUCGAGGACUGAUUCAAUCGCCCCCUUUAAGUGCAUUCUAGUACAUUCUUUCUAUUGAGUGAAGGAUGGAAUCGGUUCACUCCCUACUUCCACAAAUAUAUCUCCCGGUUUGCAAGCAACCUUAGCUCCCGGCUCUCAAAUUACAGUCGCGCCGCGCAUUCAAGCAAAUCAUGGUUCCUAGCCGUGCCUCAAAGAAGGCAAUAACCUGCUACUAUUGGCACGAUGGUAGAUGCAAGUAUACAGCGGAUGCCUGCAUUUAUGCGCAUCGCGAUACCG